AUGGCGAGAACAAAGCAGACAGCACGUAAAUCAACAGGAGGGAAGGCUCCUCGUAAGCAAUUAGCAUCAAAGGCAGCAAGAAAGUCUGCACCUGUAGCAGGUGGUAUAAAGAAACCCCACCGUUAUCGUCCUGGUACUGUAGCAUUAAGAGAGAUAAGAAGGUACCAGAAGAGUACAGAUCUACUUAUACGUAAAUUACCCUUCCAGCGUCUUGUUAGGGAAAUAGCUCAGGACUUCAAGACAGAUCUACGCUUCCAGUCCUCUGCUGUACUCGCGCUGCAGGAAGCAGCAGAGGCGUACUUGGUGGGGUUGUUCGAGGAUACCAACCUUUGUGCUAUUCAUGCUAAGAGAGUUACUAUUAUGCCUAAGGAUAUACAAUUAGCUAGAAGAAUUAGAGGAGAAAGAUCAUAA